GGGGGGAGCAGCUCCCAGCAGGGUCCUCGCCGGCCAUUCCCAGGAGAGAUCCGGUGGAGCACAGGGACAGCAAGGACAGGGCCUGGCUGCGGCCCCAGACUCAAGCGUGGGGGCCAGGGGUCAGUCCACCCCACCCACCCCCAGCUGCCGGCCAGCUCAGCAGAAACGCUUCCGGCCCGGGGAGCUCCAGGCCCAUAAAUAGCCACCCCGUCUAGGAGGCUCGACACCCAAAUCCUGGUGGCCCGGGAACCCCAGACCUGCCUUGGCCAGGUAACCCCCGCCCCCCAAAGCCCCCGUUCAGAGGAGCAGGCAGCAGGAGUCACCUGGAACCCAGACUCCACAGACGGCACGUGUGACACUCUCCACGCCCCACACUGUGCCUCGGUUUCCCCGUCUAUAAACUGGGAGCCGAAUCCUAUUCUUGUAGGGAGGGUGCCUUGGCAAAUCCAUCUCCCCGAAAGUCUGGGCCCCUUUUCUCACUUUGGAAUAACUCAUUCUCUCCAAAGGGGAGCAGGGAAACUGAUUCCCCAGAAGUCUGCUAGGAUGGGGGUGCCCCAGCUGGGCCACUGGGGGUGCAGCUGGGACACCACAAACAGGUCCCUGGGGAGGGGGCCUGGAAGGGAUUUAAGUCUCCCCCAUACUGCUGGCCACGAGCCAGCACCCUCUUGGCAGGCGGCUGCCCUGUGCCGGCUUGCACCCCUCCACCCACCCCCCAGGGAUGUGCUCCCUGCCUGUGCCCCGGGAGCCCCUGCGCCGCGUGGCCGUGACGGGGGGCACCCAUGGCAAUGAGAUGUCGGGCGUCUACCUGGCCCGGCACUGGCUGCGGGCCCCUGGGGAGCUCCAGAGACCCAGCUUCUCGGCUGUGCCCGUGCUGGCCAACCCGGAGGCCACCGCUGCCUGCCGCCGCUACGUGGGCCGUGACCUCAACCGCAGCUUCACCAGCACCUUCCUCACUGCCAGGGCAACCCCGGAUGACCCAUAUGAGGUGACCAGGGCCCGAGAGCUGAACCAGCUGCUGGGGCCCAAGGCCUCGGGCCGGGCCUUCGACUUCGUGCUGGACCUGCACAACACCACGGCCAACAUGGGCACCUGCCUCAUCGCCGAGGCCCCCCACAAUGUCUUUGCCAUGCACCUGUGCCGCCACCUGCAGCUGCAGAGCCCCGAGCUGCCCUGCCGGGUCUUCCUGUACCAGAUGCCGGGGGAGGAGAGCUUCACGGUGGACUCCGUGGCCAAGAACGGCAUGGCCCUGGAGCUGGGCCCCCAGCCUCAGGGCGUGCUCCGGGCCGACCUGUUCUCCCGGAUGAGGUCCCUGGUGGCCGCAGCUCUGGACUUCAUCGAGCUCUUCAACCAGGGCACGGCCUUUGAUGCCUUUGAGAUGGAAGCGUAUAGGACCGUGAGCCGCGUGGACUUCCCACGCACCCAGGACGGCGAUCUGGCGGGCACCGUGCACCCGCAGCUGCAGUGCCAUUGGGCACCGAAGUCCUCGUCUCCUUGGCAACGGUCCCUCAAGCCCCCCUAGCUGGUCUGGGCAGAGGGUUCAGAAGUGGCCCCGCUCUGUUGGCCCCACGUCAAAGCUCUGCCGCUAAGUGAAAUGACCAGCCAGAGCCCCUGCCUUUGUGACGGGCCCUCCGUGGGCCAGUGGGGUCCUCUCCUGUGACUGGAACUCACAUGGGGAUCCUCCAGUGCCAGAAAUGACCAGGUGAUGACGACCCUCUGCAGGGAUGGGUCUCUGUCUGAGGGGCGUUGUCUUACUGGUUGUGACAUUAUGGUGGAGAAGCACCAUCUUUUUAGCACUUAGAUUAGAGGGACCCAAGCCAGCCCCACCCAUUUGCCUUGCAGACGUUAAAUGAUAACAGUCCUUUUGGAUGAUUUCUCCCACAGUUUUAAAAUUUAUUUAAUAAACUUCCAUAUUGCAUUCGCUGUAUGCCAAACACUGUUCCAAGCCCUAUUUGCUCAUUCAGUUUAAACCUCAGAACAAUCAGAGAUGUUAUAAUCCCCAUUUUACAGAUGAGGAAGCUGAGAAGAGAGAGGGUAAGUGACUGGUCCAAGGUCACACAGCUAGUUAGGAUUUGAGCCCAGGCUUUAAUAUCCAUGCCUGUAACCACUGGGAUACCCAUCUGCAAUGACAAAAGUCUUUCCAAAGGUGUCCGGUGUCUUUGUUUCUAGACACAGAGCAGGCUGACAUCUCCCCAGACACCCUGACAGUCGAUGGAGGAAGGAAAGGAGU